CUACUUCUUGCCUCUUCCCUUCCAUUGCACUUUCUUGGAUUUUAUUAUACUCCCUCUGACGGCCGCAGGAGAAUCCAUACAUUACCUACCUCUAGUCGACCUAUUCCCCCCCGGUUUUUGCAACCUCAUAUUCUGAUACCCCCGCGCAUAAUUCCAUCAUGUCCUCCCAAGAACCUCACCGUGAGGCCAACGAGGAUGCUUACUUCCAGGCCGACGACGCCGAGGAAAUCUUCCAGCGCGACGAGGACCAGCCUAUGGAGUCCGACGGCGAAGAUGAGGACCAGCCCAUGACCUACGAAGAACAAGAAAUCACAUUGGAGAACGACUCGGCGGCGCACUUCGACAGCCAUACCGACUCGGUCUUCUGCAUCGCGCAGCACCCCGUGCACAACCAAAUCGUCAUCACCGGCUCCGGCGACGACAAGGCCUACAUCUUCGACUCGACGCCGAACGCCGUGCGGCCGCUCCUCCCCCCGAGCUACGAAUCCAACCCGCAACCGAAACAAGAGCGGGAGUCCCUGCAACCGCUGGCGCAGCUGGUCGGCCACACGGACACCGUCAACGCGGUCGCCUUCACCGAGCCCAGGGGCGAGUACGUCGUGACGGCGGGGUUGGACGGCAAGCUGCGCGCCUACCGCGACGCUACGCCGCAGUUGACCGGGCUCGCCUGGGAGUUCGUCGCCGAGACGCAGGAGGUCGAGGAGAUCAACUGGGUGGCCGUGUGCCCCAACGUGCACGGUGACGAGGAGAAGAAGAACGUGAUCGCUCUGGGCGCCAACGACGGUAGCGCCUGGGUCUUCCGCAUCGACCACACCGACGCCGCCCAGCCCAUCUCCAUCAUCCAGACCUUCUUCCAGCACACCGGUUCCUGCACCGCCGGCGCCUGGACCCCCGACGGCAACCUCCUAGGCACCGUCUCCGAGGACGGCAGCUUCUACGUGUACGACGUCUUCGGCGUCGCCGCCGCCGCCGGGGUCGCUUCCUCCGCCGGCACCAGCGCCGUCGUCGGCCUGACCCCCGAGGACCAGCGCUUCGCCGUUGACGGCGGCCUGUACUCUAUCGCCAUCUCCCCCGGCGGCACCAUCGCCGCCGUCGGCGGCGCCGAGGGCCACAUCAAGGUCGUCGGCCUGCCCCGCCUGGCCGCCGCCCCCACCGGCGGUGCUGCCGGCAAAGCCAAGGGCAAGGCGGCGUCGCAGGCGCAGACGGGCGCCUCAGCCGCCGGCACGCUGCUGGCGUCGCUGCAGGCGCAGUCCGACGGCGUCGAGACGUUGUCUUUCUCGUCUCCGCCGCUGACCCUCCUCGCGGCCGGGUCCGUCGAUGGCUCGAUCGCCCUGUUCGACGCCGCCCACCGCUUCGCCGUGCGUCGCCACAUCGGCGAGGCCCACGAGGGCGCCGUCGUCAAGGUCGAGUUCCUGCAGAGCCGCGCCGGCGUUGGCUCCGCGCCUCCCCGCGCCGGUCUUCCUUCGUCUGCUUCUACCCCGCAGAGCCAAUCGUGGCUGCUCACCUCCGUCGGCAUGGAUGGCAUCGUGCGCCGGUGGGACGCCCGUGGCGGCACGGCGGCUGCCGCGCACGGUCUGCUCAAGGAGUGGAAGGGCCAUCUGGGGCUGGUCGAGAACUCCGAGGGCGAGCAGUCCGGUGGUAUCAUGGCCUUUGUGCAGAGCGCUGAUGGCAAGCGCAUCGUCACGGCCGGUGAUGAUGGGAUUUCUCUGGUGUUUGAGGAGUAAACCUGUUGGUUUUGUUAUGAUUAAACUUAAAAGUGGAUAGACGUGUGCCAAUGUGGGAUCGGCUGGG